AUGGGAAGCCAAAAGCGUAUCGCCAAGGAGUUCAAUGAGCUAAUGGAGUCGCCCCCGACGGGCAUAUCCGUCACUCUCGCAAAUGGCUCAGACCUUUAUAACUGGAAAGUCCACAUGCAGGGCCCUGAAUCGUCACCAUACAAUGGCGGCAAAUUCAUCAUCAACCUCUCCCUCCCGAGCGAUUAUCCUUUCAAGCCGCCGACGGUCUCCUUUGACACAAAAAUCUACCACCCAAACGUCACCAACGAUGACAAGGGAAGUAUGUGUCUUGGUAUGCUUAAGUCCGACGAGUGGAAGCCCUCAUCUAGGAUCGCUGCUGUGCUGGAAUUUGCGAGGCAGCUGCUUGUCGAGCCGAUGCCGGAUGACGCAGUCGAGGGCCGCAUUGCAGAGCAGUACCGCGAUGAUCGGAAGAGGUUCGAUGAGAUUGCAAGAGACUGGACGAGGAAGUAUGCCUCGGGGAAGUAGAAUUGAGGGAUAGAAUCUUUUAGAUACAGAGACAAAGGGAGCGGUGGGUAGGUUCCUGAUUGCGUGCUUCCGGUCGGAGAUGGGGGAGGGAUCGGGCAGGUUGGAUUGUUUUUACUAUUAUUUCCAUACUAUCUGCUUUCAGCUUUCUUUUCCUUGCAUUGCCGUUUGGUUCUGAUGCCUUUCUUGUGGGUUGGAGGUGAGCGUCAUGGUUCUUGUUCUUCGGCUUCCUGUUCAACUCCUCCAAUACUUUCUGUGGGCUCGUUAGGGAUGCAAUUUUUAUUUUUAUUUUUAUUUUUUUUCGUUCUACAUGUUGGGUUUCUUCGGCAUAUUCAUGUUCAUCGUCUCCAGCUUUGAUGGGAGGAAAAUUUUGUGUUUUUGGAAUUGCAUUCUGGUACCCACGUUGUCAAGCGUUUGUUUUCCAUUCUUUCAUUCUUCGCCAGUUUACCGUGCAGAUGGAUACGUUAGAAUAAGAGAGGGGGUGGGUUUAG